AUGAGUAUUACAACACGUCACGCGAUCUACCCGCGAUGCUGCUUUCACCUCUCGCCAACGCACAACGUCUGGUGCUUCCUGCGCGCAGUUGACAUUUGGCGCCUGGAGCAGCACGCCGGGUUUGAGGGUCAGGACUUUUAUUUCCACCGCAACCUGCCAAUACGAUGGGCGCGCAUUGUUGGUGUGGUUGUUGCUGUGGACGACUUCACAGGACGGCGCGUCUUCACCAUUGACGACAGCAGUGGUGUCUGCGUGGAAGCCACUUCUUCCUACGCACCAGCGCCCAAAUUCAACCUGGCAGAACCCAGCCAUAGUGUCGCAGUCCGGGAUAAGACUGCUGGUGCCCAUUCUCUCAAUCAAGGCGAUGGCCAAUCUUUCAAAGCUACAUCGUCCUCACAUGGCUUGCCGUUCCAAGAAACGGAAGUUGGCAGUGUCGUCGACAUCAAAGGCAAGCUGGCUCUAUUCCGUGGAGAAAUCCAGUUGAAGAUAGAGAAGAUGGUCACAGUGAAAACCACAGCCCAAGAAGUCACCCUCUGGGAAAAGCGCAACAAGUUUCGGCGCGAGGUCCUGCACGCAGACUGGGUUCUAAGCGAAAAGGAGGUGCGCCGAUGCCGUAAGGAGGCUGAGGACCCUGGAGCCCACGAACCACGCAAGGCGCAACGCAGUCACAAGUCCGCACAGAGGGCAGUGGCUGUCAAGCGUUCCUUGAAGGCCAAGUCGAAAUUGAGACGCGAAAUCACCGCCCAUUCACCGGAAGAGGCUUGA